GUUUUGCAAUCACAACAUAGCAGAAAACAAAGCUACACUAAAAUGGCAGAAAAUCUAUUUUCCUUGGUUCGUGAGCUUGUCAAUAGGGUGAGAGAUCUCUCAAAUGACGUUGCAGACGCUACAGAAGAACUGGAAAGCUUUCAAGAGUUCAUCGACGAGGCAGAUAAAGUGGCUGAAGCUGAAGAAGAUAACAAUAGACGUGAUGGAAUUAAAAGCAGUGUGAAACAGCUGAGAGAAGCAACUUUUCGCAUAAAAGAUAUCAUUGAUGAAUAUAUGAUCUUCUGUGAGGAAAGGCAACCUGAUGAUCCCCGAUGUGUAGCUUUACUAUGUGAGGCUGUUGACUACAUCAAAACUCAUAUCUUCCGCCUUCAAAUAGCAUUUAAGAUUCAGGUUGUCAUGUCACUUGCUCGCGCUGAAAGACGUGAUUUCCAAAGGCAGUUUCCUUUAGAUCAAAGACCAAACAGCUCCACAGGAAAUCAAAAUGUCACCCGGCACAACCUCCGAAUGGCUUCUAGGUUUAUUGAGGAAGAUGAGGUUGUUGGCUUUGAAGGCCCUACAGAGAAAUUGAUCGGUUGGUUGAUAGAGGGACGACCUGAGCGCACAGUCAUCUCUGUGGUAGGAAUGGCAGGAGUGGGAAAAACCACCCUUGCCAAGCAAGUUUUUGACAACAAGAAGGUCGUUGCACACUUCGAAUGCCAUGCAUGGAUCACAGUGUCUCAAUCAUACACUGUAGAAGAAUUGAUGAGGAACAUGUUGCAGAUGUUUUACAGAGAAAAGAUGGAGGCAACUCAUCGUGACAUUUCUACAAUGGAUCAAUUGUCGUUGGUGAAUGAAUUGAGGAACUACUUGCAGAAAAAAAGAAAUUUCUAAAUUCUUCACUCAGCGGAUGGACCCAGACCUAAGCGCCAAGAUCAAUACCUAAGUUCCAAGACCCAGUGGAGAUGACAGUGAGUCACUAUUUUGGAGUGACAAGUGCCACAAGUUCACGCCAAGCACUAGCCAGAAAUGAUCAAGUGGCAUAGCGUGCUCAUGGAAGCCUAAGCAGUCGGGACACAAAAUGAGCAGAAGAUUAGAGAGUUUUUGAAGCAUUCUUGGAACUAAAAGUCCUUGGAAAAUGAUUUAGUACGAUAGCUGCCUAUUAUUUUCUUGUUUUCUAUUUUUUUUCCAUGUAUAACUAAACCCUUGGGUUGAUAAACCUGAGUCCGACCCUUAUGUCAUCUGAAUUCAUUUAUCUUAUACAAGUUUAUUUCAUUAAAUUUGUGCA